AUGAGUUCCACACAAAAUGUUAUGAGAAGUAUUCUUAAAAACCCAAAUAGCAUGGUUUCGACAUACCAUGCGAAACAACUCCAUGCACAAAUUGUGAAGACCAAAGGAUCAUUUGACUCUGACAACGCGUGCAUACUUUCACUCUACUCUAACCUCAAACUCUUAGAUGAGUCACUUGUUCUCUUCCGUUCCCUUCACUCUCACUCUCACUCUCACUCUCACUCUUCUCCACCACCACCUCUUGCUUGGAUUUCCAUUAUCAAAUGCUACACUUCUCAUGGCCUCUUCCAUCAUUCCUUGUCUUCCUUUAACGACAUGCGCGCUUUCGGCAUUUACCCUGAUCGCCAUGUCUUCCCCUCUGUUCUCAAAGCAUCCACGCUUUUAAACGACUUGCGUUUUGGUCUGUCACUCCAUGGAUGCAUCAUUCGUCUUGGUUUGGAUUUUGAUUUAUAUACAGGUAAUGCAUUGAUGAAUAUGUAUUCGAAAUUUCACGGUUUGGCUGAGAUUUCUCACAAUUAUGUUUCUGCAAACAAGAUGCUCGACGGAUUUUCUCAACGAGAGGAAACAAUGGCUACUGUGAAAAUAGAUAGUGUUAGGAAGGUUUUUGAUUUGAUGCCAAUAAGGGAUGUUGUUUCCUGGAACACUGUUAUUGCCGGGAAUGCUCAAAAUGGGAUGUAUGGAGAGGCAUUAACCAUGGUUAAGGAGAUGGGGAAUGCCAACUUGAAGCCUGAUUCCUUCACUUUGUCAAGCAUUCUUCCCAUUUUCGCUGAGCAUGUUGAUAUUAUUAAAGGAAAGGAAAUUCAUGGGUAUGCUAUCAGACAUGGGCUUGAUGUGGAUGUUUUCAUUGGAAGUAGCUUGAUUGACAUGUAUGCAAAAUGUACUCGAGUAGAACAUUCAAUUUGCGCAUUUUACCUCUUACCUAAGCGAGAUGCCAUUUCAUGGAACUCUAUCAUCGCAGGUUGCGUGCAGAAUGGUAAAUUUGAUCGAGGGCUCAGCUUCUUUCGUCAGAUGUUGAAGGAAAAAGUCAAACCAAUGCAUGUUUCCUUCUCGAGUGUCAUACCAGCUUGUGCUCACUUGACGGCCUUAAAUUUGGGGAAGCAGCUCCAUGGAUAUAUAAUUAGACUUGGGUUUGAUGAUAACAAGUUUAUAGCGAGCUCUCUGGUGGACAUGUAUGCCAAAUGUGGUAACAUUAAGAUGGCUAGAUAUGUUUUUGACAGAAUAGAGAUGCGUGACAUGGUAUCAUGGACUGCCAUCAUUAUGGGAUGUGCCAUGCAUGGGCAUGCCCUUGAUGCAGUCUCCUUGUUUGAGAAGAUGCUAGUGGAUGGAGUAGAGCCCUGCUAUGUGGCAUUUAUGGCUGUUUUAACUGCCUGUAGUCAUGCUGGGUUGGUAGAUGAAGGUUGGAAGUAUUUUAACAGCAUGAAAUGGGAUUUUGGUAUUGCUCCUGGCCUGGAGCAUUGUGCUGCUGUUGCGGAUCUGCUUGGUAGAGCUGGAAGAUUGGAGGAAGCCUAUGACUUUAUUUCUAACAUGGGAAUACAACCAACAGGAAGUGUGUGGUCAACAUUGUUGGCUGCUUGUAGGGCUCAUAAGAAUGUUGAAUUAGCUGAAAAGGUUGUUGACAAGAUACUUUUGGUUGACCCUGAAAACAUGGGUGCUUAUGUUUUAAUGUCAAACAUCUAUUCUGCUGCCCGAAGAUGGAAUGAUGCUGCAAAAUUGAGAAUCCACAUGAGGAAAAAGGGCUUGAAGAAGACCCCAGCAUGCAGCUGGAUUGAGGUUGGAAACAAAGUACAUACUUUUCUGGCUGGAGAUAAAUCACAUCCAUAUUAUGACAAAAUAAACAAAGCAUUAUAUAUUUUAUUGGAACAGAUGGAGAAAGAAGGUUAUGUCCUUGACACAAGUGAGGUGCUCCAUGAUGUUGACGAGGAACAUAAACGUGAUUUAUUAAGCACCCACAGUGAGAGACUUGCUAUAGCAUUUGGCAUCAUUAGCACUACUGCUGGUACAACCAUCCGUGUAAUAAAGAAUAUUCGGGUGUGUGUGGACUGUCACACUGCAAUUAAAUUUAUUGCAAAGAUUGUUGGCAGAGAAAUUGUUGUGAGAGAUAAUAGCCGGUUUCACCAUUUCAAGAAUGGGACUUGUUCAUGUGGAGAUUAUUGGUGAAAUAACAAUACUCGAAAUCCUAUGUUUUUAGACCUAGCCACCAGGUUGUCAGUGGCAACUAAGCAUGCCGACAUUGUGGCUGCAUACUAAACCGAGAGUUGGAAUGAGUGUAGAAAGCACAAACUCUGAAAAUCAGGCCAAGAAAUGGGUUAGGAAAUUGGCUGCGCUGCUGUAGGAAAGUCAUCUAAUCAAAAAUUCCUUUUGGAGAUGGAGUCUCUGUGCUCAUAGCUUGGUGAAGAGAGGGCUUGGGAUGCUGAUUAUACAUUGUCCGAUUUCAUGUCAAGCAUUUGAAUUGAGUUCUGAGUGACUACCUUAUGAACAGCACUUGGAGUGUUUGGUUACUUUUGCAACCUCCUGUUGGGUUCCGCGCACGGUCCUGUUGAUGGGGUGUUAUGUCUUUCAUUACCUAUUUGACCUCCUAUAUAAUUCAACAAAAUCUUAAUGAACAGUUGUAAAAGAUACACAUUUGAGUUCUGAUUGGUGUAUCUUGCCAACUUCGGUUGUCUUUCUCUGUACCCAUAUAUCAACAUUGUAGAUCGCAGGGAACUAUUAUUCUUCAAAGCUCAAUGAACAUGAAUUAUUUUGAG